AUGAGCAGCACAUCCAUCCAGGACCCAUUUGCCCAGCGACUGUCCUCUGGCAGUGGGCAGACAUUACCAUCCCGACCCCUACAGCCCAUCUCUGAUCCCUCAGCUUCUAAGCGAGUAUGUUUCUACAAAAGCGGUGACUAUAAGUUCAGCGGGCAUCGCAUGGUCAUCAAUGCCCGCACCUUCAAGACAUUUGAAGCUCUACUGGAUGCUUUGUCCAAGAAAGUGCCUCUGCCAUUUGGAGUGAGGACAAUCACCACACCUCGCGGGACCCACCUUGUAAGGGGUCUAGAUGACUUACAGGAUGGGGGAUCUUAUGUGUGUUCUGAUCGAAAACGGGUGAAGCCUUUAAACCUGGUUGAAGUGAACCGGCGGCAGGUACCAUGGAAUACCACCAGACCCCUCAGCGCAGGGCGACGAAAGCGCCAAGGAUCCCAAUUUGUUCAGUUUGGCAGAAGGAAUGAGGUCAGGCCAGCAAAGGCCACAGAGAGGGCGGCAGUACGGACACCAAAGAGACUUGUGGUCAUAAAGAACAGGGAUCCCACUGUUAAACGCACAAUUGUGUUGCAGAAAAGAACAGCACCAACAUUUGACUCUUUGCUGGAUUACCUUUCCCAGAUCCUACAGUUCCCAGUGCUGAAACUCUACUCUACAGAUGGCAGAAGAGUUGAUGGUCUUGCUGCACUUAUCUUGUGUUCUGGAGUUGUUGUGGCAGCUGGCAACGAGCCAUUCAGAUUAGGAAACUACAGCUUUCACAGAACGGGCCAGAUGGCACAGGCCAUGUACAUGGAAACUAUGGAGCCAUCCAUGCUGCUGCCUAGAGCUCGUAAUGGAAGAGGCUCAAGAAACUUCUCCUCAUCGUCAGAGCGAUAUAUUGUCAACCAGAUAAACAAGUCUCGAAAUGGCAUGAACAGCCAACUGCAUCAUCACAAUGGAUCAUUUGAAACAGAAGUCAACCAGAGUCACGCAUCCUUGGAGACAUGUGGAAGUGGGAGGGCAGAUGAUGAGCAGCAAACGAGCAUUGUACCUCAGGAUGAUGACAUUGAAAAGUCUUUCCGUGUGAACCAGGAUGGCAGCAUGACUGUAGAAAUGAAAGUGCGUCUGACCAUUAAAGAGGAGGAGAUGCUCCACUGGACUACCACACUCAGCCGCUCCAGCCUUAGCAAGAGGACAGCUUGUGCCUCCAUUUCUGAGUCGGGCAACAGCUCACCUGACUCAAACAAUGCCAUUGCCAAAGACUCCUCUAGCAUCAGUGAGGAUGAAACUAAAGAGGAAAACCACCCGACUGGGGCCGGAAAGGGAGUCGGCUUUAACGACAAGCAAGUGUGUGAGGGCUACACUUCAAAAGCUUUGGGAAAAGCAAAAACAAGUUUCAAACGCACCCCUACGCCAGGUCCUCGACACGUUAAGAAGAAGGCGUCUGUUGAGAGUGUGAAGAUGGUGACAGAGUCAGGGGUUCAAGAGAGCACCUUGGGACAUUAUUCGUACAUGGAGAGGACGGCUGAUGGUGAGACAACUGAGGGAUACUGCGUUGUCAGACACAGCAGCAGCAGCAACCGGCCAAUCCCAAAGCCUAGGAAAACGGCGUCUGCAGAAGCAAGCAACAAAGGCUCCCACUCCUCCAUCAGGUCGUCAGGAGUAGCUGAGGUCCUUCAGUUACAGAAUAAUGGGAUUGAAAUUACAGAAACUGUUAUGCACAUCUAUGAGAGUCAAGGCUGCUUCGACAACUAUUUAGCAAAUGACGAAUAUAGCGCAGAUGGCGUACCUUUGCAGGGUUCCACUCCAGCAGCAGAUAGCAAACCGUCCACUGAGUCUGGGUUACGCUCAUCCAGCAAUGAUUGUGAUAUAGAUUUUAGCUGUCCUCCUUCUACUGCUGACCCACUACAAAGACAGAGAGAGGAGAUGUUAUCACUGUCAUCAGAGCCAAUAUCUCUAACACAUGAGAAGAAUAAAGAGGUGAUUAAACCUGAUAUGAAUAGCAAGAGUUCAACUUCAACAAGCAGCUCAGAUAAAAAGCUAAAUGAAUGCAUUAUAAGCCCCCCAAAAAAGAGCAAACAUUCAUCUACUGACAAGCUCAGCAAUGCCAGUAUGGGAAAAAAGAGUUCGAGUUCAUUAGAAAGUGCUAAAAGUGGUCAAAAAGGUAAAAGAAAGGAAAAGAAAGCAGAAAAGUCUCUGUCCAAGAAAUCAAUUAAAGAUGAGAAGACACCCAAGAAGGACUCAGCCUUAUUAGGUAGCACUGAAAAUGUGAAAAGGACCCCACCUAAGAGACAGAGCACGAAUAAAGUGACUGCUAAAGACAAUGGCCAUAAUGUAAAUACCCCAACCGGAAGGCCUCAAUUAAAAAAGAACAUGUCAGACAUUUUACAACCGAAAAAAUCACUUCUGCCAGGCAGAAAGACAGUGAGCAAACCUUCAUCCAUCACUGAAAACAAAAUACCAUCACCUAAAACCUCUUUAGAGUUAAGUGAGAGUGUUUCAAUGCCUUCCCUGAAUCCUACGCCCUCUGACAUCCACCAAUAUGUCGAGAACUGGUUGGAGAAUGUCAGCCAAGACCAGGUGCCAUACACGGAGUCGAUCCCAGAUGAAUCAGAACCACGGUCAAAGGUUGUGUUUAAAAUAGGUUGUGAUUCUGAAUCAGAUGAAAUGAGUGAAUGUCAGAAUAAUUUAAAUGAAUAUUACCCAUUGCCUGGUGAUGCUAUCAAGAAAUCUACUUCUUGUUUAUCAGUUCCUCUUUACCAUGAACGGCCAGAAACAACUGUGCCGUACAAUGAACAGAAAACAAGAGGUUUAUGCGUUUCAAUGCCAAGUGUCAGAGUGGAUUCUGUACACGAGGAAAACACAUUGAGGGCACAUAAAUCUGCAGAGGCCAUCGGGCCAAAUGAGAGUGAAUCAACUUCGUCCAACAUCUUAAGUCCCACAGCAAAGUUAAAACCUGUUCUACGGCAACUUUGUUCAUCAAUUCAGUGCAUCAGAAGGCCGUCCGACACCAACACACCAUCCAAUCUCGAGAAGUCUACCAGCCUUCCUGAUUUCUCAACACAAGUAGCUUCAGUGUUUGGCACGCCGUGCAAAGCAUUUCUGUCAUUCUUGUCAGUGAUGACUCUGAGAGAUAGCCUAACGGGCUCUGCGCUGGGAGACAGUAACCAGUCAAGAAGCACCUCCGAGGCCAUGCUAAUGAUGGAAUCCCUGCAGAAAAUUUCUGCCAUUGAUGACGAGGAAGAGCAGAGAGCAAGUCUUACAGAUCUGCAAAGCAGAGCAUCCUCUCAGUUUAGAGAGCGUUGGAAGGAUUUCCAGAUUUUGAGGGAGAGGCUUGAAAGUGAACCACUUUCUCCCAAAGUAUCAGAAACUGAGUUUGCCCUGGAUGUUCUCUCCGAUGGAGGUGACGUAUUUGAGGAUCAGCAUCUGGGUAUUGAUGAGCUAUUGGAGGAACUGAACAUGCCGCAAGACCUCAGAGCCGAGAUUUCUUCAACAAUCCAACAAACUAGAAGUUUUUAUCCUGUGGAGGAGAGCACUUUUAUAGAAACUGACAGAAACCAGUCAGAAUCAGAGGAAGAUGUGGAAAAAUUUGUUGACGAAUGCAAUGAUGAAACAAAACAAUCAACAGAUCCUGACGCUACAUGCGUAGUUGAGGACAUUACUGGAAAAAACAAGGAUAAUGAUGAUGGAGAUACAGGUGAUUUAAAUAAAAUGCAAUCCAUGCAUUCUGAACAGGUAAAGAUGAUGGGAGAGUCAGAGCAAGAGGUUGAUGAUGUUGAGGAAACAGGCGUUGAUGUGAAAGGUUCAGAAGCAGAUGAGGCCCUGGAGGUCAAAGAAAAUGAGACAGAAGAAAAGGAAGAUGAAGACCAGGUAGAGGAGAUUGAAGAAGAUAGGGAGGGGGAGAAGGACAGAGAGGGUGGAGAAACAAAAGAGAUAAACAACGAUGGUGAAGAGCUUGAAAAUAUGGAAGAGGAAAAGGAGGAAGAAAAAGAAGAGGAGGCAGUGAAGGAAGAUGAUGAGGGGCAGGAAGAAUGGGAAGCAGAGAAAGGAAAUGGCGGGGAAUCUGUUGAGAAAGUAGAGGAAGGGACAGAGGAAGAGAUGACAACAGAUGAGAAGGAUAAAUUAGAAGGAGAGAAAGAAGUGGUUAAGGAGACAGAGGAGGGAUUCAUGAAUGAAGAACAUCAAGAAGCAAGAGAGGACGACAAUGUUGAAGAGACAGAUGAGAGAGAGAUUGUUCAGGAGACAGUGGAGGAAGAGGAGGGGAAGGAUGAGGUUGAAGAAGAAGCGACAGGCGAGGAAGAAAAGGGGGAAGAAGAAGAAGAAGCAGAAGAGGUUGUUGAGGAGACAGAUGAAAAUAUUAUCAAAAAGCAGGAGGAAGAAGAGGAGGGGGAGAAGGAAGAAGUGGUUACUGAGAGCAAUGUAGGGGAAGAAGUAGAUGAGUUUAUUGAAGAGGGAGAGGAGGGAGAGGAGGGAGAAAUCAUUGAUGAGGCAGAGGAGAAAGAAGUAGAUGUGGUUAAUGAGAAUGAUGUAGAGGAGGAAGUGGAGGAAGAUAAUGAGGAUACGGAGGAGGUAGAAAACAUUGUUGAUGAGGUGGAGGAGAACGAAGAAGAAGAAGUGGAUGUGGUAACUGAGAACGAUGUAGAGGAGGAAGUGGAGGAAGAUGUUGAGGAGACAGAGGAGGAAGAGGAGGUACAAGACUUCAAAGAUGAGAUGGAGGAGAGAGAAGAAGAGGACGUGGAUUUGGUUAUAGAGAACGAUGUAGAGGAGGAAGUGGAGGAAGUUAUUGAGGAGACAGAGGAGGAAGAAGAGGUACAAGACUUCAAAGAUGAGAUGGAGGAAAGAGAAGAAGAGGAGGUGGAUGAAGUUAUAGAGAAUGAUGUAGAGGAGGAAGUGGAGGAGGUUAUUGAGGAGACAGAGGAGGAAGAAGAGGUAGAAGACUUCAAAGAUGAGAUGGAGGAGAGAGAAGAAGAAGAAGUGGAUGUGGUUAUUGAGAACGAUGUAAAGGAAGAAGUGGAGGUUAUUGAGGAGACAGAUGAGGAAAAGGAGGAAGAAAACAUCAUUGAUAAGGUAGAGGAGAAAGAAGAGGAAGUGGAAAUGAUAACUGAGAAUGAUGGAGAGGACGAGGUGGAGGACAUUAUUGAGGAUACAGAUGAAGAAGAGGAGGUAAAAAACAUUGAUGAGGUGGAGGAGAAAGAAAAGGAAGAAGUUGAUGUGGUUUCUGAGAAUGAUGUAGAGGAAGAAGUGGAGGAGGUUGUCGAGGAGACAGAGGAGAAAGAGGGGGAAGAAAAUAAGGUAGAAGCCUUCAAUGGUGGGAUGGAGGAGAAAGAAGAAGAGGAAAUGGAUGUGGUUAGUGAGAAUGAUGUAGAGGAGGAAGUGGAGGAUGUUAUUGAGGAGACAGAAGAGGAAGCACAGGAGGAGGUUAUUGAGGAGGAGGAAGAGGAGGAAGAAAACAUCAUUGAUCAAAUGGAGGAGGACGAGGAAGAGGAAGUAGAUGUGGUUACUGAGAAUGAUGUAGAAGAGGACGCAAGGGAAAUGAUUGAGGAGACAGAUGAGGAAGAGGAGGCAGAAAAUAUAAGGGAAGAUUUAGAUGUGGAGGAGGAGGAAGAAGAAGAAAUGGAUGUGGUUAUUGAGGAAAGGAAUGAGAAAGAGGACAUAACUGAGGUGGUUAGUGAGGAAAACAAUGAGGAGGAAGAGCAGGAUGGUGAUGCUGAGGUUAUAGAUACAGAAGAAAGAAUCAGGGUGAUCACAGAUGAGGAGGAGGAGGAAGAGGAAGAAGAAACUGACAAGGACACAGAAGAGGAAGAAGAAGGUUAUGGAGGGAGCAGAAAAGAGCUUGAGAACGUAGAAGACAGUCAGGAGGAAAAAUCUGUUGAAGAGGAAGAAGCAGAGGAGUUGGAGACUGAAGAAAAUAUGAAAGCAGGGCACACAUUAGAAGAAGAGGAGAGGGAAGAUAAUGAUGAAGAAAAUGAGCUGAACGAAGAAUUAGACCAGGUGGAAGAACAAGAAGAUGUAGACAAUUCUGCUGAUGAUAAGAAUUGUAAAAACCUGCUAGAGGAGGCCUCCUAUUUGCAGCAGCAUUGUAGUAGUCAUGACGAAGCAAAUGCAGAACUCAACACUGAAUCACCAACCAAAUAUUCCUCUGAGGGGCAGUGUGAGUUUGAUAAAGGCAAUGGAACGGACACUGCUGAUGAACUUGAAACAGACGUGGCAGGGGAGUGUCAUGAGGAAAGAAGCAACAGCCAACCACAUCCAGUGGAAAUAUCACAGCAGUUACUUGACUUUGUUAACUCAGCCCUGCAGUCCUCUUCACUUACAUUCACAUAUGACGCUCGGGGGAACAUUAGGAUUGAGCCAGAUAAUGCUCGAGUCGUACAAACUAACCAAACUGUUAUUCCAAAAACUAGAGAGGAUAGUUCAUAUGGCUUAAAACGUCUCCCGAGCCCGAGCACCUCUGAUUUAACUGAUUACAGACCAGAAACUUCGGAAAGCGGCGGAUAUAAAACUCAGGAGUCUGUAGAUGUUGUCACAGAGAGUGGAGAAGAGGCUUUAGAGAGACCUUUUCCAGUCUACAGACGGAAGACUCAUAUCCCUAAUGAGAGAACAAAUGUGGAGACAGCUGUAUCCAAAGUGACUGUUGCAAGUAAUUCAGAAGUCUUGCAAAGUUCCAGAUUAAAAAGUCCAGACAGUUUCUCUUCCUUUGAUUCGGGCACCAAAGCCUCAAGGGAGGAUCUGUCUUAUUUCAGUGCUACAAGCUCAUUAAAGGCAGAUGCUGAAGCUGCACCAGAGGCCGCGCAGUGUGUUUCUUUCACCUCAGGAAAGGACACAACUGAUGGGGUUUUGAUUGAUCGAGGAAGGUGGCUACUCAAGGAGAACCACCUCAUAAGAAAAUCUCCUCCAGUCUCCCUGGGGAUGUAUGGUAAUUUGGAUAGCACUUCCAUUGAUACAGGUCAGGAGAACGAUAGCGAGGAUUCCCUACCUCAUUAUAAAACCCAGCACAACCCUCUUGUAGCCAUCUCUUCAUCAGAGCUUGAGGAGAUGGCGAAGCCUCAAACUCCGAAGUGCACCUAUUACAACAUGCCACAUGGGAGUGAUUCUGACCCGUUUUUUGACGAUUCCAGUAUCCACAGUGGGAAAAAGGAUACAAGCAGUGUCAAAGGGAGAGGCUUCAGGGUUUCACCUACUAUUGAUACCUCCAAAACGUGGUCAAAUAAAAAUGGUAGUCUGUCAUCAUUUGCAUCAGUUGAGUUUAAAAUACCAGACAGGAAAGUGCAUCCUGAGGGGGAGUCGUCAGCUGUGACAAAUGCAAGAAGGACACCUAGUGGAGGAGGUAGAGCACUGCAAGCACAAGACUCCCUGGAUACAAUACGUGUGAGGUGUGGACAAUACUGUCCAAUAUUAUGAAAGCUGGACAUUAUAUUUCAUAGAAAUAUUUACACAAACAUGUCCAGUGUGUGCUAUUAUUCUUGGUUAUGAUUAUUUUGUUGUAUGUUUCUAAAAUUAUCAAGUAAUCUUACACAUAAACCUUUUUGCAGGCCCACCAGACCUAUAGACAUGUGGUGACUGAGGAGAGUUGUGCCUCUUAUUCAAGUUUCAGUAUAGUCAAAACUGUACGUUUACAGACUUUAAUUUUGUCUUUAAGGUGGUGAAUGAUGGGAUCCACAAUCAAAAAUUGAAUGUAAAAAUAUCAGCAAGUAAGAACAUUUUUUUACUGAUUCAUUGCUUACUGCACAUAACUGUUAUUUAUUAAUACAAGUACUUAAACAACUACGUCAUUCAUUUUUUGUUGAAGGUACUACAUCAAAGAGAUUUUAUUUCUUGUCAUAUUUUAUUGUUUGGGUUCUUGAAUGUGCAAUGCACAUUAAGUUAUUUUCUAAGACAGCUGUGGAUAUUAUAAUAUUUAUAUUGCUCUGCAGGAUUAUGUCAUUUGACAACUUAAAAAGAACUGACAACUGAUUAACCUGGGAGCACAAAAUCCAUAAAUUGA